AUGAAGUGUGCAUUACGAAAUAAGAUAAUUUAUGUUCGAAGUGAAGGUUAUUAUUCACCGGGAAGAGCACAAGCGAUAUUUCAAGAUUUAACACUUUUGGAAUGUGCCAAUCAAUGUACAUCCAAAGUACAGGGAGUAAAUUGCACUUCAUUUGAGUAUGAUACAAUGCAACUGAGAUGUGUACUGAAGGAGGACAGUGGAAGUUUAAUGGAUAAUAAUAGUAGUAUGUCACCGUUGAAAACUGUUCAUAGUACUGCAUUAUUUCGACAAUUUUGUCUUCCUGAAGAGGGAAUAUGUCCGUUACCAUAUACAUUUGAACAUCUUCCGGGACAUGUUCUGAUGGGAAUUGCCAAUGAGGUAAUGCAAGUUGGAUCUGUGGAAGAAUGUUUAAGUAUUUGCGUAACUGCUAAAAAGGUAAUCGAAAUCGAGUGCAGGUCAGUGGUAUAUUAUUACGAUACCGGCGAGUGUAUUCUCAAUAAUGAGAAUCGAGCGACAAGUGCAGCUAUGAUAACUAAUGAUACAAUGAAUAUGCGGGUGGAUUAUUUCGAAAAUCGCUGCUACGAUGUGCAAUGUUUAACUGAUUUCACCGUACAUUGGAUUAAAGUGGGAAGAUUUACAAUCAGCGAUAAAUUGGAAUAUACUGUAAUAAAACAAGUGACUAAGGAACAAUGCUUCAAUUAUUGCCUUGAAAAUAAAAUCAAUGAUCAACCGUUUCCAUGCAAAUUGUACGCAUAUAGUGAAAGUAAAAUGAUAUGUCAUUUGACCUCAGAAUCUGGCUUAACACAUUCAACAACAUCUGAUGAUAAUAAUCAGAAGAUAUCUGAUGAUGAUUUGGACAAUUAUGAUUAUAACGAAAAAAUUUGCCUAAAAGGUGCAAUGCGAUGUCAAGAUAUCAGUUUUGAACAUAUUUCACAUCAUGCUUUAUUAAAUAUCGGAAAUAAGGUAGUAACAACAAGUAUGACAAGCUGUUUAGAAAUUUGUUUACGUUCCGGUAACCAAUGUAAUUCAGUGAUGUAUUUUCAUGACAAGGAUGAAUGUGUUUUGAGCAGAAUGACACAGCAUUCAACCGAUGAACAACUUCGAUACUUUCCGGAAGUGGAUUAUUUCGAUAAUGUAUGUGAUUAUAAAAUUGCUAUAAAUAUGUCCAUGGAGAAUAAAAUGAUCGAAAUGUCGACACCAACAAUGUAUAAACAAUUAGAUGGAUUGGAAACAGAAUGUGGUGCAGCUGGCAUUUUAAUAUCUGUAUUGUUUUCCAAACCUACAGUUGGUGCAAUAUUUAUCAAAGAUCAUUUUGCAACAUGUCGUUCUGAAUUUAGCAAUACAAUGAAUGCAACAAUGGAAAUUGCACUGUCCACUCUUCGUCAAGAUAAUCCACCAUGUCCUGGCUAUGAAACUAAUCCUUCGAUUUGGUCUUUUAUUGUGGUAGUCCAAAAGAAUGGUCUUGGAAUACCGGAACUAAUGACUGACAAAGAUCAGGUAUUCAACAUUACUUGCGAUUACUCAAAUGGUCAAACUACAAGUAAUUCGGUUCAAGACAGAAUACUUUUGCAAGAACCAUCACGAGAUUGGUCAUCUAUUCCCGCUUCUAAUGACCACGUCCAAUUAACGGUAUUUCGUGGUGAUCAGCCAGUGAGUACUGCUGUUAUGGGCGAAUUAUUGGAAAUGAGAUGGACAGUGGUGCAAGAUCGUACAGAUAAUGUUGGGUUAUUCGUAAAUCGAUGUAUCGCAGAACGUUUGGAUGGAACGCCACCUUUACCACCUCCACUUACUCUUAUUGCUGACGGGUGUAUUGAUAGUAAAGUGAAACGGGUAUUAAUGCAAUAUCCGAUUAUACAAUUUGAUGGUGGUUUGAGGACUAAAAUUAAAGUUUUUCGAUUUGACGGAUCACGUCGUGUUCGAAUCCUUUGUUCUGUGGAUAUUUGUAUUGAAGAGUGCUUACCGGUUACUUGUGAUAAAGAAAUCAGUGGCAGUUUGCCAAAUUCUGAUAAAAAAAAACGAGAAACUUUCACUUCACGGCCUCAACAAACCUCAGCCCAACAAAUUAAACGACAGCUCAUCACUGGGACCUUUACGAUUGUUGAAGAAAAUGUUGAUUUAGUACUUAACGAAAGUGCAACGAAAAUUGAUGAGCAAUUGCUAAAUAUGAAUUUGUUACCAUUCCAAUUUUCUGGAAACGACCACUUUUGUAUUCAAAGUUUCGUAUUCUUUAUUCUUGUUGCAAUCACAUUAAUACUUUUAACGAUGCAAAUCUUUCUGCUAUGCAAGCAUACAUGGCUUAAAAAUCGAGUUUCUUUAGAUAAUGAAGGUAGCUGCAAUAUCAUAUCAGCUCCUCAACGUAUUUACUUUGGUCAUGAAGAGUAUUGUCCCGUGGAAUCGCAUGCAAUACUAUCCAAAAUAAUCAGGCAGAAAGACCUAAAAUGA